CGUGCUGACCGCAGUCUGCUCCCUGCACGCUGCUCCCUGCACGCUGCCCUGCUGUCAGCCGCUGCUCCUCCGCCCAGGACUGUUACUUGUGCUCCAGGAGUUUUCUCUUCGGUCCAGUCCCGGAGGAUCCAUGGAGAAGUCCAAGAACUUCCGGAUAGACGCCCUCCUGGCCAUGGACCCCCCGAAGCCGCAGACAUCCCCGCUGUCCCUGGUCACUUCCCUGUCCUCCUCCUCCAUGUCCGGCAGCCCCACUUCCGAGCACCCGGACCUGAGGACUGAGAGCCCAUCGCCCCCUCGGACCUGCGGACUGCUUCCCAAGCCCGGCUUCCUCAGCAGCCACCAGCACCCUGGCAGUAUGAUGGCCAUGCACCCCCAGCACCAGGCGCUGUAUGGGCACCCGAUCUACGGCUACUCGGCUGCGGCUGCGGCUCUAGCGGCUGGACAGCACCCAGCCCUGUCCUACCCCUACAGCGCCCAGAUCCAGGGAGUCCACCAUGCCCACCAUUCUAUGGACCCCAUCAAGUUCAGCGCUGGCACCUUCCAGCUGGACCAGUGGCUGAGAGCCUCCACUGCUGGCAUGAUGCUGCCCAAGAUGGCAGAUUUCAACUCCCAGGCUCAGUCCAAUCUGCUGGGGAAGUGCAGGAGACCCCGGACAGCCUUCACCAGCCAACAACUGCUGGAGCUGGAGCAUCAGUUCAAGCUGAACAAAUAUCUCUCCAGACCCAAACGGUUCGAAGUGGCCACAUCCUUGAUGCUUACAGAAACCCAGGUAAAGAUCUGGUUCCAGAACAGACGUAUGAAAUGGAAGAGGAGCAAGAAGGCCAAGGAACAGGCUGUCCAAGAUUCAGAGAAAAAUCAGAGAGGAGGCAAGGGGAGCUGUGAGGAGAAAUGUUCAGAGGACAAUCAGGAUGAAAAGUCCUCCACCUACCGUUUACACUCAAGGGGGGAACCACUCAAAGCAGGUAGUCGCCUACCCAGAGACUAUACAGACAGUGAGGACGAAGAGGAGGACCAGGAAGAUGAGGAGGAUGAGGAGCACAGAGAUGACAAGCACUUCUACCAUCAUUCAUCUGACUGUACGUCGGAGGAGGAGGAGAAUAGUCAUCAGCAGAACAGUCAGGUGCACUGAGCCUUGUGCUAGGGUGCAAGGUCUCCUCAGAAAUGAACUCAGAAAGCUUGUGAGUUGUGACCACAGUAUUAUAAAUGGGAGUCAUAUCUACGAGGAUUAUCAAAGACAAGGAGAUAUAUUGCUAAGAAAAUGUCAUUUUAGCCACAAUGAGACUUUUUCCUCUCCCUCCGGUCAAGUUCAUCUAAUGUCUUAUUUUGCCCAUGAUGGUCAGUGAGACCCUUUGCUCCUAC